CUAAGAUUGACACGAUUACAAAACCCUUGACGCACACGCAGAGUCAAAACCCAAAAACCCUUGAAAGACUCUUCGUCUUCGAUUCCUCUGCAGUUUUCUCUUUUAGCGACCCAAAAAAGUUCUUCCUUGACGGUAAACAGCAGCGAUGGAGGGCUUUUCACCACCGAUUAACACUGCGCAAGUCGAUGCAAAGACCAAACUUGACGAGAAAGUGGAUUACUCAAACCUCCCUUGCCCUGUCCUCUAUGAGGAACUCAACCGUGAAGCUACCAUGGCUUUAAAGCCAGAGCUAUUUGAGGGUUUCCGCCUCGACUAUAACAAGUCGCUUAACCAGAAGUUUUUUCUCAGCCAUAGCAUAUUGAUGGGGCCAACUGAGGUUCCUAAUCCAACUCCAUCAUCCGAAAUAAUCAAAAUUCCAACUGCCAAUUAUGACUUUGGUGCUGGUUUCAUCGAUCCAAAGCUAUAUCUUAUCGGAAGGAUCACGACGGACGGUAGACUAAAUGCGAGAGCCAAGUUCGAUUUAACUGACAAUUUUUCCGUCAAGGCUAAUGCUCUGCUGACAGAUGAAGAAGAUAAGUCGCAAGGCCACCUCGUCAUUGAUUACAAGGGGUCUGACUACAGAACUCAGCUUCAGCUUGGAAACAAUUCCGUUUAUGCAGCUAACUAUAUUCAGCAUGUGACACCACACCUGUCUUUGGGUGGUGAGGCUUUCUGGCUUGGUCAGCAACUGAUGUCGGGUGUUGGUUAUGCAGCUCGAUAUGAGACUGACAAAACGGUUGCCUCUGGGCAAAUUGCUUCCACUGGUGUGGCUGUCAUGAACUAUGUUCAUAAGGUUUCAGAGAAGUUGUCAUUUGCAACGGAUUUCAUCUACAAUUAUUUGUCACGAGAUGUUACAGCUAGUGUCGGGUAUGACCUCAUUACUAGACAGUCUCGAUUAAGAGGAAAGGUUGAUUCUAACGGUGUUGUCGCUGCUUACCUUGAAGAACAAUUGCCUAUUGGACUCAGAUUUCUUCUAUCUGCAGAGGUGGAUCAUGUGAAGAAGGAUUACAAGUUUGGUUUCGGUGUUAACGCCUUUUAAUUCCAUCAAAUGGCCUUCACAAUUAGUUAGAAACCUCAAGAUUUGGUUAUUUUUUGAUGUUCAGUUUUUUUAGUUUAGAUAUUUUUACUGUAUUGCUCCCACAAGAAUAAAAGCCAAGGAGGUUUCUUCAUUUCACAUUGAGGAAGAGCCUUUCUUGUUUAUUAUUUAAUUUAAUUAAUGUGUAAACAUCAGAACUCUUUUUUUGUUAGAUUUAACUUUGGGAGAACUAUGAAAAUAGUCUAAAUUUUCUUUUA